CUAUCGAUCUCUGUGUAUGUAGAUACCUAAUGUUUUGCUAUAUAUAUGCAUGCAUGCACUACAGUUUCUGUGGAAGAUAAGGGUGCACACAUGGAGAGCAUGGAAGGUGAUCAAGAGAAUGGCGGUAGUGCCGCAGCAAGGAGAGUCGAGAUUGACACAAGUUCGCCAUUCCGGUCGGUUAAGGAGGCCAUCAUGCUCUUCGGAGAGAGGGUCUUGGUCGGCGAGAUUUACGCCAACCGGAUUAAUGAGAUCAAACAAGCUGCGGAAAGCAAGAAUGAGCAUCAUGGCUCCUCAAGGAUGAGGUCUCUAAUGGCAGAGCUCGAAGAGACACGACGAACCCUCGAGAAAGAGCGAGAAGAGAACCAACAGAAGGCGCACCAUAUCUCGACACUUCAAGAGGAACUCAGAAGGGCCAAGAUGGAUCUCGAGCAAUUACAAAGAGAUCAAAAAGAAGAUUUGGAGACUCAUGAGGACUUUAAGUUUGUAGAGAGAGUUGCACCGGAGAUCGAGAUCGAAAUCGAGAAGCCAAAUUUGAACCUAUUUCUGAAGAAGAGGUGCGUAACUUUUGCGAGCCCGCCGUCGCUGUCACAAGUACUAAAUGCAGAAGAUGAUGAUGAGAUGAUCAUGGAGAAGAAAUUCUUUGCAGAGAAGGGGAGACAUGAAGAAGAAGAGGAAGAAGGGUUAUCAAUGAAGAAGAAGAAGAAGAAGAAGAAGAUGCCAUUGGUUCCUCUUAUAGGAGCAUUCAUCUUGAAGAAGAAGAGUUACCAAGACGUUGCAUGCAUGACAUGAGUCAUCAAUAUAUAUGUUUUUCUAAAAAAUAUAUAUGUAGUUUCAUGCUUGAACACAAAUAAUGUUAAGAAGAUUUGUGUGUGUGUGUGUGUGUGUGUGUGUGUGUGUGUGUUGGGUUUUGUUUAAAUUUUGGUGUUUGAGAUCAUUCAUUAUAUAAUUUUUAGUGGUUUUAGCGCCUUUGAGAUUUGGACUUCCUUAUAUAUGAAUUUGUAAGGACAACUUUGUCAUUGCCUACAUACUUUUCCUCAAAAAAAAAAA